GCAUCACAUUACAAAACAUUCACUGCGUGGGAAAAAAAAGGGGUACAUUCUGUAGCUGAUGACACGUAGCAGGUGGAAGAUCAACACCUGCACUUAGAUUUUAGAAGAGACUUAAAGCUUCAUGUUUGCAGGGUGCAUUGAUUAACUACUGACGAUUGUAAAGAAGAUGAAAUCUACUAAUGUAUACUGGGGAAAGAACUUUUGAGUGCACCUACAAACACAUCUCCAUGACAAUGUAUCCUGCGUCAUUCCAUCUGCUGUGGUCCGGGGUUUUUUCUCUCCUGGUCCUCCUUCUCUGAUCCAGUCGUGUGAGGAGGGAACGGCACGAGACUGUGCCGAGGCAGAGUUUGCUCCUGGGUCCGACUUCGCCGGAGAAGGCUUCGACAUCACCAAGAUGCAGCGCAAAGGCGCCUUCGUGAUUGAUAUGAAAAAAUGGAAACGGAAGGACAAAUCAUGCAUGUUGUGCAAGAACCCUUACAUGGAGGGGAAGAAGCAGAAGCUCCCGGUUUCGGUGGUGGACUGGAGGUCGAGUCAGAAGUGCAGCAUGAAGGUGUCCAGCUCAAUCUAUCAGUCCAGCGAAUCCCUGGUCAGUGCCAGUACCUCAUCCAUCGAGAACAACUGGAACGUAAACCUGGGGAUCAAUGUGAAGAGGGGUGAAGGGUCACUCACGCUGGCAGGAAGCAACUCCAAGCUGGCGGAGUAUUCGAUGGAGAAAACCAAAAAAGACAGAUUCAGUUUCACCAGUCACAGUAUCUCCUGUGAAUAUUACAGUUACAGAGUUUCAAGCAAGCGGAUAAUUCAUCCCGAGUUUAAACGAGCCCUGAGUCAGCUCCCCAAGCAGUACGAUCCUAAGUUCAAGACACGCUUCUACAAGCUCAUCGACAGCUUCGGCACUCACUACAUCACCAAGGUGACCUUAGGAGGCAAGGUCAACUCAGUGACCAGUAUCAGACAGUGCCAGACAGCCCUGCAGGGUCUGAGUGUAGAAGAAGUAAAGACGUGUCUGGACGUGGAGGCGUCUGCCAGCGUGAUGGGGAAAGCUAAAACCAACAUUAACAGCAAACACUGUGAUGAAGCCAAAACCAAGACUGAGAAUAAAAACAGCUUCUCCAGCAACUUCAACGACCGACUAACAGAGAUCUUUGGAGGCCAUACCACGGAGCCUGAGCUUCUCUUCUCCUCAGAUAAAGACCCAGGCGCUUACAAAGAGUGGCUCUCGUCCAUUCCGCAACACCCAGACGUGAUUUCCUACUCUCUUGAGCCUCUACACGAGCUUCUCCCCACCACCAAUCCGGCCCGAAAGCUCCUGCGCAAAGCUGUUCACGACUUUAUUCUAGAGAAAUCUCUGUGGAGAAACUGUUCUGAGCCGUGCAGCGCAGGAAUCAAACCCGAUCCCAAAGAACCGUGCUUAUGUUCGUGCAAGAAUAACCCCGGUGUGACCGCUGACUGCUGCCCUUCCAAAAAAGGUGUUGCUCGAGCCAAGGUGACCGUGCUGCGGGCACAGGGAUUAUGGGGCGACCACACGACCGGCACGGACGGUUAUGUCAAAGUUUUUGAGAAAAAUAACAUGCUGCUCGGCCGCACGACAGUGAUCUACAACAACAACAAUCCCCACUGGGUCAUGACCUUCGACCUUGGUGAUGUCAUCCUGACCAAUUACAACCCUUUGAAGCUGGAGACAUGGGAUGAAGACAACAAAUGGGAUGAUGACCUGCUCGGGACCUGCUUUGUCCCGCUGAAAACAGGUGUUUCGGAGAAUUUCUGCAAUUUAAACCACGGCAUUCUGUAUUAUAAAACGGAGGUGACGUGCGCUCCGAGUUUAGCCGGUCCCUCGUGCAGCGAUUACGUCGGAUCUCCCAUGAGCUUUAACCUGGAGAAGGCGUACGUGUCCCGGCACUCUCGGCCCAUUCCGCAGGACAUGCUACGGGAAAUGGGCGUGGUUCCUAACGAAGAGCCGCUCGCUGUGAAGCAAAUCGGGCAUGAAGCUUAUAACAGCGUGCAGCUGCUGUAGGCGAGUUUCUGAAACUCUUUUAAAAUAUGUGCAUUGAAAGAGAUACGUAGCCAUGUAACGAUUAAAACACAACAAUGCAGCUGUCAUGAAGUUGAUUGAGGUGCUGUUAAAGGAAAAUAAUCAACUUCAUGACAGCCGCAUUGUCGUGUUUUAAUCAUUACAGGGCUACGUAUCUCUUAAUUUUGUAAUAACUGAAAAUAAGUUUUUUUUAUUUAAUUACAUUUUAUUUACAUUCAUUAAUAUAAUCAUUGUAUUUUACAAUAGGGAGAGCAUUUAAGUGUUGAGGUCGAUUGGUGGGGGGAACUUUUCCUGUGCCAAGCUGUCUUGGUGUUCGGUGCUCUGUAGCGUCGGCCAAAUGGCAAAAGUUAAAAAAACAUAUGGCUUGUAUGUGAAGAAUCCAGGGUGAUAUUCGGAGCCCUUUUUCUCAUUCUGGAUUUGUAUAGUUCCUGUAGUGUGGGCAGGGGAGCAUCAAUAAUCCUUUCAGCCGUUCAAAUCGUUCUCUGUAUUCUUCUAAUGUCUGAUUUAGUAGCUGAGCCCGACCAGAUGAUUAGCGAUGUGCACAGGCCAGACACGAUUAUGGCUGAGUAGAACUGUGUGAGCAGCUCCUGUGGCAGGUUGAACUUCCACAAAUAUCGGAGGAGAACAUCCUCUGUUGGGCCUUUAAAAAUGGAGUGAUGUGAUGGUCCCACUUCAGGUCCUGAGAGAUGAUUGUGCCCAGGAACCUGAAUGACUUCACUGCUGUCACGGUGCUGUUCAUGAUGGUGAGUGGGGGAAGGUGCAGGGGGGUUUUGCUUGAAAUCCACAAUCAUCCCCACUGUUGUGAGCGUAUUAAACUCCAGUUUUUAUGACUGCACCAGACAGUCAACUGCUAAACCUCACGUCUGUAUUCAGACUCAUCACCGUCAUAUGAGGCCAAUAACUGUAGUGACACUUCAGAAGCUUGACAGAGGGUCUGUAUAGGUGCAUUCAUUGGUGUAGUGGGAGAAGAGCAGUGGGGAGAGAACACAUCCCUGUGUGGGCACCAGUGCUGAUAGUACAGCUGACAUCAUCUUCACUGAUCUGAAGUACAGGAGGGGGGAGAGGGGGCGGUGCUGGAGUUGUUGAUGGUAGGCAUCCUCUUUGACCUGAUGAAGUUGUCUGAGUCUUGCUGUAUACCGUGGCUUAUCAUUAUUGUUUCUCAAAUAAAUCCUGGUUGGAGUGCAUAAAUCCUCACAGACGCUGAUAUAAGAUGUUACAGAGUCUGUGAGCUUCAUCCAGAUCAGAGGCAGCAGCUUCAAAAACACUCCGAUCAGUGCAUUCGAAACAGACUUGUGAUGUCUGCUCUGUUUCAUUGGUCCAACUUUUUACAGUCUUUACUACAGGCGUAGCAGAUGGAAGUUGUUGCCUGCUUGUAGGGAGAAGAUGAAGCAGUGGUCUGAGUGGUAGAGCAGCUCUGCGGAUGGAGCGAAAUGAAUCCUUCAAUGUGGUGUAGCAGUGGUCCAGAAUGUUUUUGUCUCUGGUACAACAAGUAAUGUUAAUGUUAAUGCUGUUUGAAUUUUGGAAGUUCCCAUGUGAGGCGUGCUUUAUGGACGUCCCCGAGAAUGAUUACAGCAGAGUCCAGUGUGGUUGGUCAUUGUCUGCGAUCCGACCGGUACUAUGAUUUAUUAUAACUAUAAUGUUCCUAUGAUCAUUUUUAUCACAAGACUCUUCACUUAAUCACCUCAGUUUCUGUGUAAAGACUCGAAUGUGACUCUCAGCACAC